AACCACUGACAGCAAUGGAACCGCCAGCAAGCCUUCACCGCAAAUCUCGGCUCUCGCGUUGACAGCGUACGGCUGUACAAAAGGUUACACUUCCUGUGCAGUCGCGAGGAGAGGCUCUUUCCAAAUAAAAGCUCAACUUCAUGGCAUUUGUUUAUUUCUUUGAAAUAAUUUCAUAUCGCUUCUAAUGCGUUGUGUAAUUUUUUUCCCCCCAGAUACAAUUUAAGCAGUAGUCCAGCCCCCUGUGUAAAUGUGGCUUGUUUUUUUUUAGAUGUGGUUGAUUAUAUGGUCGCUGCGAUGAUAAACGACGCCGGGUGACGAUUCCUGCCACGUUGUACUGCAUUGGACUGUACUGUACUUUCUCAAAACAUGUGCCAUAAAGUUUAUCUAAUUUCAGUGUCAUUGCAUAUUGCAUUACACAGACUAACAGACAAAUUAGUUACUGCAAAUGAUUAGCUCAACAUUUUUCUGUGCUGCAAUCAAGGUAUACGUAUAGUUUCAAGUGUAUUCUACCAACCAAGCACGUUAUCUAACACGAAUAUAAAAAUAUAUAAGAGCACUGGCAUGGACACAAGUAGAAUAAUAAAAGUUUUACAAAAUAAGAACAGUUUUACAUGUCGGAUUAUUUAAUUAUAGCAGCCCGUCUCUACUCCGGUCAUUUCUUCUCGUCUGUUUUGAGGGAAGCGGAACUUCGUGUUUCUCGUUUUCGGCGGGCUAUUUGUACAAGUUGUAUUGUCCGAAGCACCGACGAGGACGUAUUUUCUUUCUUUCGCGUCACCUUCCAUCCGUCAUCAAGAAAGAGGACGCGUCCUUUGCAAUGGAAUCGGAAGAAAAGCAUACGUUUGAGACGAAGCUCUCAGAAUCGAGGACCCCGCGGAGAAGCAGGACACCUCAUUCACAAUUUAAAAGUGUCAACUCCAGAUUCAAGUCUCCGAUCCAGUCCCCCAGGACCUCGAACUGCACUGGAACAGUCAAGCCAAGCCUUGAAGAGCAGAUAGAGGAACUGAAGAGGAGACAGAAGGAACUGGACUCUGAGAUUGCCCUUCUGAAGAGCGAGGGUGUGACUGUACAGGAACUGGAGCAGCAUAUUGAUCUGCUGCAUGAAUACAACGACAUCAAAGACGUCGGGCAGACAUUACUUGGCAGGCUUGCUGCCGACCUGUGGACUAAUGAAUAUAAAACUCUGGUACAGCCGGAGUCAGCAUGAUCACUCAUGGAGUCAAGUGUAAAUGAGUGCGCUUGUCUCUCGGCAGCAACGUUACGAGGUGUGACCACAAGGGACUUGUACAGCCAAUUUGGACUUCAGCUUGAUGACUGAGCUGGAGAAGCAAUGAGCCCAACGCAGUACAAAGACUUGACAUGCAACAAACUUCUUGUGGUGGCCACACAUGGGGUCUCUGUCACAGAAAUCAUUAUGCUGUUGAAUUGCUGAUCUAUAUCUGGAAGGCUUCGAUCUAAAUUUCUCUGCCUGUGUGAGUUAAGAGAUGGAAGAGUUGAGGUACCUGUACCAUGUAUAGCGUAAAGUCCAUGUCUGAGUGUAGGAAUGAAUAUAUUUCUCUUAAGUGUGUGGCUUAAGAGGGACCUCCAGCCUCAGAAGUUAGCAUACAUGGUUGUGGAUUCAAUGCGAUGGUUUGUGUUCUGUAACUGAUGUUUUAUCUGUUAUAUCUAAUUAAAAUACUUUGGUUUUACUAGGAUCCAACUAUGAUUAAACUUAUUGUAUCUGACUAUAUAAUGUCAAUUGUUUUUGGCCUUAACGUUGAGUUAUUCUGACCAUAUAAAUAAAAAUGUUAU